AAGUGGACGAAAACACUCCAGCUCUAAAAGUGUUUGAUGCAGUACUCACCGGUGGAAGCAGAGAAAGAGGAAGACGUUCCACUCCGUUAGAAAGAUUAGGUGAAGAGCGACCUAGUUUCACUUGGGAUUUCCAAUUUAAACAUUUAUCAUGGCACCAGGUAAUUAUGAAAAAUACUUGGCGAAGAUAGUCAAAAAACUAACAAUAAGUGAUGAGGACAGAGCGGUGUAUGUGAAAGAUUUCGAAAUUAUACGAGAUCAUAUCUUGACUGCCAUGUGCGAGGUGGACCAUGUGUUUGAUACUAUUUAUAAAGGACCGAUACUCUUUGAUAACUACCCCAAUAAUGUGCACAUCAAGUAUCCCAACAAAUUCGACGUAAUCUUUAAACUCAGCAUACCUUGUUCCUCCUAUAUUGAAGUAGAUGAGGAUGACGAACGUCCUGGAUUUGUAAAUUUAAAUUUUCAAAAAUUAAUGCGCAAACUAAGCGAAUAUGACGACUAUGAUGAUAUAUAUAAUCGCUUGUUGGAGCUUCUUGAUCGGAAUGGCAAUUUACUAUGUCGUUCGAAUUUGCAGAACUGGCUUAAAAAUGUAAUAAAAGAAGGCUUGGAAAACUGUGGUGAUUUCGUGCGUGGCAACUGGGGUGACCUAUAUACAUUGAUAUAUACAAGUCGUGGAUUUGCGCAUAACAUAUAUGCUAAAUGUUCUAAUCGUGUGAUUUCAAUUGACUUUGUGCCGGGUUUGUCUUUCGAUAUCGGCACCGCUGAUUGGAUUGACGUCAGGCAUUGCCGUAAAUACAGGAAUAAAUGUGAAGAAUGGUACGCCGUUCCAAAACCCACAAACGGUCUAAAAGCGACGCGUCGUUAUGCCUUUAUGAUACGUAAUCCCAAAGUUGAAUACGAUCUUUUAUUGGAAAAUCAAAAUCUAAAUAUCGUUUUCCGUAUUUUAAAAUCGUUGCGCAAUGCAUAUGGCAUGCAUCGUCUAACGAGCUAUUUCAUAACGACUGCUUUACUAUGGGAAAUCGAGUUACAAAAUAAAAUUUUUUGGGACAAUCCAAUAUAUAUUAUACUUGAACAUAUGCUUGAAACUUUGGCUAGACAUUUUGGCGAUGGAUGUUUGCUUUUCUUUUGGAAUCGAGACCUUAAUCUUUUGGAAUACUUACACGACGAUGAGAUAGAAGACUAUGCCGCUAAACUAAAAAAGGUCCAUAACACGUUAAGACAAUACAAAACCGAACCUAAUCUGUCCUACAAACGCUGUAAAACUCAUUUCCAGCUUCCUUGCUGAGUUCUAUAUGCUGUAAGAUGACAAAGAUAUCCAUCCUUUAUAUUGCUAUUAAAAUAACUUAACAUUUAAAAAAUACAUAAGAAUUUAUGAAAUAAAAGAAUGAACUGUUCGCUGAAAUAAAAUAACUAUUUUAUAAAAAUGAGUUUGUAGAAUUUUAUCAAAUAUGUUGGAGUAUAUGACCUUUUUAUUAUAAUGACAGGCACACUAACUCCAGACGUUAUUAUUUAUUCUCAUUAAAAUUAUUCAUUCUUUAUCAUGCGUAUAAAUUCAUUUGGUCAUCUAGUAAGGAAUCAAAACCUAAAUUUUCGAAAUUCAUUAAAUUAACAUCGUGCAUACAUACCAGCAGAAUAUGUAGAUGAAAGAAAUUUGAAUGUUAAUUUUUCAAAGUAUAAAGAUGUUAAUAUAAGUGGUUCACACAGUUGUAAACCUCUUCCUGAUUCUUCCUGUUACUGUUUUUGGUUUUCUGAAUAGUACAAAUAUUACAAACAAGCACUUGAAAUUCUAAACUGGCGGAAGGAAAUAUGCACAAAUUCUAAAUACUACUGUCAUUAGUGAUACGCGUUUAAGACAAAUUGAUAUCGAAAAAAACUAUCGAUUA